AUGGCUCACACAAUACUCCUCGAGCUUCCGGCAGAGCUGCGCAACCACAUCUAUCGCGCCACUCUCUGCGGAGAUCACCCCAUCUACCUCCUUGGACCAUGCCGCCAGCCUGCACUCCUGCGCACCUGUCGCCAGAUCAGACGAGAGGCGGCUUCCAUCUACUACAAAGAGAACGACUUUCGCGUCGCUGCGAUUGGCUUCAACACAUCGACGGCAUUGGCCUUCGAACGACAAGCGCGCGCCGUUGUCGACUUUGCUGGAUCAAUUUAUCGCGUCACCAUCACCAGCCGCAAGUACAGCUGGGCCGGCCUGAAGCUGUGGCUCAAGGCGUAUUAUGAUAGCGAGGCGGAGAACAUGGUGCACACGGACGGCGACUCCUUGAGCGCGCCGUACUACAUGGCUGUCAAGGCAUUCGAGAUGGUGGCGCUGUUGAGGGAGGAUUCGGAGUGGGACAAGGUCGAGAAGGUGCUGGACAAGUACCAGGAGGCGACGAUUGGGGUCAUGAAGUGGAAGUAA